AUGGACGUUGCUGAAAGCACUGAGCCUGUCGCCCAGCCUGGGGUUGAGCUGGCCGGAGCCAUUGGCGACGCAGAUAUCUCCCUUGAUCAUCUGGUGGACGAUGGCAGGUCCAGCAGCCUAAGCGAAAUAGAUGACGUAUCCGAAAACGAGCCCUCUGAUGACGAGCUCCCACCACCUCCACGACCUGCACCCGAAGAAGCAGAUUCCGAAGCCGAAACCGAGCGUCUAGAAGAAUCACCGAAUAACCAUUUAAUAAAGCGAGAUAUCAGAUUGAGGGGAGAAAACCGCUUUGAGAGCAGUCCCAGCAAACUUGCACAAUCUACAACUUAUGACGAAAUGGAAGAAGACGAAGAGAACGAAUUGAAUGAGACUCCUACCAAGACACGCCGAUCGUCUAAACCCAACGGUGCCUCUGAAAGCCUCGAGAUUCCAGUCAUUGGCGAUGCGUCAAGCCCUCCUUCGCCCGCAGCUGUCGCAGGCAAAAAGCGCAAACAUCCUCAGGCAGACGGAGAUGUCGACACAGAAAUGGGUGAAGAUGAUGAACCAUUACGAAAGCGCCGUGGCUCCGUUGGAGGCGACGAAGUCCCGGAGGAGACCGGUGCUGAUGCUUCGACAACGCGCGAAGAAACCGAGGAGGUUCCUCAGCAAGAUACUUCAGGAAAGGCAACUCCGGUCGAUGAAACACGAGAUUCCGCUGUUCCUACCGUAGUAACCCGAGGUAAGCGCGGUGUCAAGAAGGGUAAGCGGAAAGGAAGAAAGGCUAGAGAUUUUGACGAAGACCUAGAGAAUGGAGAUGCGGCAACUGAAAAUACCGAAGACCAGUUGCAGGAGGAUGAGGAAGCGGGCGACGUAGCCGAUGAUGCUAACGACGCUGACGCCGCUACUAAAUCUGAAGAAGAGUUGGCCCGAAAAAUUGCGGCCAUUGAUGCUCUUGCGGUUUUGGAAAAAGAAUUUGCGACGCUGCGUGAGAAGAUCUACGAUGAAAAAAUUGCCAAGCUUGAUUACGAAUUGGAACAACUCACGAGUCCAGAACCAUCACAUCUAGAGCUCCAGCGUCAGCUGAAAUGUCUAGAGCGCCAUCGCGACAAGAAGAUUAACUACGAGCAGACACUGUUUCAAUAUCGCAUGCAGUCACUUAUGAGUAGAAGUCUCGCCGAUCGCGCUGCGCUUCAUAGCACCUACUUUCAGCGUAUUCGAGAUACGCGGGAGAAGCACUCUACUGCUGUUAGCAAACAAUUCUACGCCAUCCAACAUGAUCGAUUCAAGACUGAGGAGGUUGGCACUCAUCAUUAUAUCCCUUUCCCAACCAGACGGUCACAGCAAAUCUCGCAACAAGCUGCGUACAACCAAGAAGUAUCGGUCAUGGCUGGUGUUGCGAAGUAUGUCGGAUUUCCUGCAGCGCCAACGUUGUCUGAGGCUCGUGCGACAGAGGUUGACGAGGAUUUCGAGAAGAUGGGCAUUUCCAUUGAACACCGUCCAGUUGUGGCACCGCAAUCUGGAAUCCGAGGAAACGUUUCUUCCGAUCUGCCCCGCUACACAACGGCCGAAGAAAGUCUUCACGAGCAGCAGGCUGUCUGGACCAACCCUCAAUAUGUACACGCCAAUCGUCCUGCGCACUUGUCUAAUAUGACAUCUUAUACAACGCCAGCAGCGCAAAAGCGCGUUAUCGAUAUCAAUGCACCAAAUGGAUCAGCGUCCACUAUUCCAGACAAUGCAUCCGCCGCGAACUCUUCAACGGCCAAUACCCCAUAUGGAGUGGAACAGGAUCACAGACAACACGGAGCCGGACACAUCGGAAAUGUCGACUUCGAUGCUUUGGACAGAAAGUCUGGAUUCAGGUCUCAAAGCUCGUCUCCUCUUGAUGUCCGCAAGGGACCUUCCAGUAACCCAAAUCAUUUGUUCGAAGGCAGACAUGAAUCUACCACUCGAAACCCAGGUUAUUCUCCUCCGCGUUUUGGUCUGUUUGGUACCUCGAAGAGAGAACCAUCGCCGCCAUUAUCUACUUCCAAUAAAGCAUUGGGUGGUCUUCAUUCCUCAAGACUCAUGACGGGAUCUGGGCCAAGUCGGAUGAUUGCACGGUGACACAUAGCGCCAUCCUCAUUUCAAUACUGAUGAGUUUACCUUGUGAUACCCAUUUUGUUCAGUAUCUGGCGUUAUGAAUCAUGUGUGUCCAUUGUACCUACAAACACGUGUUCUUCACAUGGCCUGUUUUUCUUUUCCCCUUUCUCGGCAGGACGAGUCUGUCGGACAGGGGCUUACGGCUUUUGAGCCUUAUCAUUCUGCACAGUAACCUUGUUCUGUACAAUCAGUUACCACUAAAAACUACAGGUGAAAUAGCUGUUGGGACGGAAUUUUUGUUUUGAGGGUGUGUUUCAUGUGAUAUAGUUCCAUGCAGGAGUCUUUUGGGGUGGGAUUCGUUUAUUGGUUGAUUGAACGUACUAUAUGGAAACUCUCACUGCACGAAAACUGCAUGGCAUAUGGAAACGGCGUAAGCAUUGUUAAUGUACUGCUCUUUAUCAUUUGGUGUUCUCCAUUUUUUGUAUAUAACGAUUGAAUGAAUAACUGGGUUGGCUCAUAGAU